AUGGCAGAUAGUGAACGACGCGCAAAGCGCUCUCGUUUUGACCAAACAGAACCAGAGCCUCGACGGUCAAGAUUUGAUCGACGUUCUCGAUCCCCAUCUACUCGGAAUUCUGAUUCUACUAGGGAACGGAGCCCGCUGAGUCGGGAAUUGCGAAGCCCUGGAAGUGAUGACAAACGAAAACUCGCAUCGGCGGAUCCAACUGUUGCUGCAGCUGCUGCAGCAGCAAAGAUAAAUGCUGAACUUCAGGCCAAAAAAGCCAUCCAGCACAGUGACGCGCCUCAGAUUCGUUCUACUGCAAGUCCGGCGUCAAAGUCCUCCUCGUCAGGUGCCCAAGCUGCAGGCAAUGUUAAUGGCGAAGUUUACAUGGCCGAUGGAGACUAUAUCAAAGAUAUCGAAGUUAACGAUCUCCGAAACCGAUACACACUGACUAAGGGUGCAACCCAGAGGAUGAUUAAAGAAGAAACUGGCGCCGAUGUCACAACACGAGGAAGUUAUUUUCCUGAUAAAAGCAUGGCUACGGCUGCGAAUCCCCCGCUUUAUCUCCACAUAACGAGUACUACUAAAGAAGGUCUCGACAAGGCAAUUGCCAAAAUUGAGGAACUUAUGAAACAAGAACUCCCCAAUCUUGUUGACGAGCGGAGGUUCCGUCGCAGAGAACCAGAGCAGCAGGUUGAACGGGAUGAGUACGGUCGGCGCAAAUGGCCAGAGGAACGGAUCCCUGUUGACCUGGAGCCAAUCCCGGGCUUUAAUCUUCGUGCUCAGGUAGUUGGUCCAGGCGGUGCCUACGUCAAGCAUAUCCAGCAGGAGACACGUUGUCGCGUUCAGAUCAAGGGGCGUGGCUCUGGUUUUACAGAGCAUGGAACCGGAAGAGAGAGUGAUGAGCCAAUGUAUUUGCAUGUCGCUGGUCCGGAUCCCAAGGAAGUGCAAAAUGCCAAAUCACUUUGCGAGGAUCUUCUCGCUAACGUGAAGGAGCAAUAUAAGAAGUUUAAGGAGCAGCCACCCCAACAACGCUCAUAUGGCGGAGGUGGCCAUCAUGGUGGCGGAUAUGGACAUCGUGAUCGUCACCAUUAUGGUGGUGGCAGUUAUGGGGGAGGCGGCAAUUACGGAAAUUACUCAUCCCCUCAAACCCCCAUGAGUCCAGCAGCCCCCAAUGCCACACCUGGCACUGAUGCAAGCGCAACCGCUCAAGCUGCUCCGGCUGGUCACUCUCUUGCUGACUAUAGUCGCAUGUACUCACAGUACAUGACGGGCCAAGACCCCUACGCAGCAUGGGGGGCCUAUCAGAAUUGUGUCGCUUAUUAUCAGCAAUACUAUCAGCAGCAGCAACAACCACCCCCACCACCACCUGACAGUGCUGCCCCUCCCCCACCGCCUCCACCAGGUUCUGAGGCCCCUCCGCCACCUCCAGGAGCGGGGUUAGCCCCCCCUCCUCCGCCACCCCCACCAUCAGGGGGAUAUAAUGCUGUAUGA